AACGGGUUGUACACUUCGCAAAUAAGAGGGCUAGAUAUUACGUCCAUAAUCCUACUUUUGAUUUCAUUGUCAGUAUUUUUCAUCACCGUGUCACGGAAAUAAUGGUGCAAAUCAUAUGGAUUUUUGUGUUCCUUGGUAUAAUUGCCAGUGGCACUUGCAACAUCCUGAGUCAUCACCUUAAUUCAAGGUGGUCAUUUGGUGCAAAUAAAGAAUCAAAAACUGAGGAAUCAAAAAUAGAACGAUCUCUUUGUACCACUAAACAAUGUCAAGAACUUGCAAAACUGUUAAUGGAAGGCAUGAAGAAAAAUAUCAACCCAUGCGAUGAUUUUUACGAGUACGUGUGUGGAAACUGGAAAAUACACAACCCUCUUCCUCCAGAUGAAAAACGAUGGAACUUGGUAGUUAAACUUCAAAGAAAUGUUGACAGACGUCUGGAAGAAAUACUAAAAAGCGAAGCAACACCUGACGAUCUCUAUGCAGUGAAAUUUUCUAAACGAGCGUAUAAUGCUUGCAUGGACACAGACGAAAUGGACAAAGCAGGACUUCAACCACUCGUGUCUACAUUGUGGAGAGCAGGUGGAUGGCCAUUAAUAAUGGAAGAAGAGGAAUGGGACGAGCAAAUAUUUAAAUGGCAAACCAUAGACGAUUAUUAUGCUAAUAUAAUAGGUUUAAAUGCCUUUCACGACUUGCACAUUGACCGAUACUGGAGCAGUGAAGAAUAUGAUAUAAUUAUCACUUCUCCCCAUCUACCCCGAAUGAUGAGCGAACUUAUAACUACGGAAGAAAUAGAUAUGGAUAGCAGUGAUGAAAAUAACGAUAGUGGAGAAGGAAGUCAAGAAAAAGGUAGCGAGGAAGAUGAUAGAAAAGACGAUGAGGAGGAAAACGGCGAGGAAGAUGAAUUUACUCUACAAAGAAGGAAAAUAACCAAAAAAAAGGUUAAUAAACAACUGGAAAAUAAAACAAGAAUAAAUAAGCACAUCAAAACUAGAACUGAGAGAAGCAUAACAACAAGAGGAAAUAAACACAGACAAAUUUCUGACCAUCAAAAAAACAAAAGAGAGCAUGAAAAUUUGAACAGUGACUUAUAUUUCAGUGACGAUGAUGUUGAACAUGAAAAUAUCAAUGACGAUGACAUUGUUAGUUAUAAUGGUAAUGAAGAAGAGAAUGGAAAUAUCGAGCAAGAUAAAAAUAACAAAGAAAGCAGUGGUGAUUACAAUGAUGAUGAAGAAAACGAAGAAAGUGGUAGCAGCAGCGGUGAUUAUGAGGAUGAUGAGGAUGAUGAUGAUGAUGAUGAUGAUGAUGAUGAUGAUGAUGGCAGUGGCAGUGGCAGUGGCGAUGGUGAAGGCGAUAAAACAGACGAAGAUAAUAGCAGCGAGGAAAGAAGAAAGGAAAGCAUGGACAACAUAAGAAAAGCGAAGGAAUUAAGGGAGAGUUAUGCAAAGUAUAUGUUUAAUGUUAGCAUGGCACUUGCUAAAGCCAGAGGAAUUCUUGUACCAGAAGAGAAACUGAAGAAAGAUGUCGCGGAUUUGUUGGAAUUUGAGAUAAAUUUGUUAAAGAUUGUAUAUAAGUAUGGAGGAGAAUUGAACAUGACUCUUCAAUUAUUUCAAAAGAAAUACGAUUGUUUGGUACCUGUAACAAACAACGGAGAAAUAAAUUGGAUAAGAAAAGUAGAAAACCUUUUUAUCAGUGGAGGAAUGGAGAUUGAUAAAAAAAUACCGGUCGUUAUCCCAUCUUUUAGCUACAUCAAGAAUCUUAAAAAAUUAUUGGACAAAACACCGAGUAAAACAAUUGUAAAUUACGUACACUGGAAUUUUCUUAGUAGAGUAAUAAAGACUACCACAAAGGAAAUGAGAAAUUGGUAUUGGGGUAGCGAAAUAAUAACUGUUAAAAAAAGAUCAGACCUAUGCAUCACUGAGAUAGGAGCUGAAUACAGUUUAGGAUAUGAAUAUGUAAAGAAAUAUUUCUCGGAUAAAAUCUUGCAAACGGCUUUAGAUAUGAUUGACGAUAUUGAAAAGGAAGUCGAGUAUCAGAUCAAAGAAUCAACUUGGAUGGAUAUUAAGACUAAACAUUCCAUCUUAGAUAAAUUGGUGUACCUGAAGAAAAUAAUUGGAUAUCCAAAGUCAUAUCGAAAUAAUACUAUUAUGAAUCAACACUUUAAAGGUCUUAGCGUUAGCCGAUCGCAUUACGAUAAUAUUCUAAGCAUAAUGAGAUAUCUGAAAUGGCAAAAAUUAAAAUUAAUAUUCAAGAAAGAGAUUGAAACUUCUGAAGAAUUUUUCAUGGAUCCUUUAACAAUAAAUGCCUUUUUCAUAGCCUUUUACAAUGCCAUAGAGGUAACUGCGGCAGACUUUCAGAGUCCUUUCUUCGAUUCUCAUCAACCAUGGUAUACCAAUUUUGGGGCUAUUGGAGCCAUUAUGGCUCACGAAGUGAAUCACGGUUUCGAUAGCAGAGGUCGCGUAUAUGACAAAUGUGGUGAAUACAUGGCAUGGUUACCUGCAAUGGCAGAAGCAUACGAGAAAAGAGCAGAAUGUUUUGAAGAUCAAUUUACCAAGUAUAGUGUAGUAUACAAUAAAACAGUGAAUAUCCCGUUAGAGAAUUACGGCAAACAAACCGAAGCAGAAAAUAUUGCGGAUACAAUGGGUUUGCAAGCGGCAUUCAGAGCUUAUCAACGAAGGCAACGAAUAUGUGAAGAACCUGAUCCCAUGUUGCCAGGAUUAGAGGAUUUCAGUAACGAACAACUCUUAUUCAUAUCCUUUGGCAACUUAUGGUGUGAAGUCGCGGAUCCAGAAGAGUUAGGAAAGAAAGUGCGAAGGGAUCCUCAUAGUUUGGCUCCAUUAAGAUUGAUUGGUUCUGUAUCGAAUUCCGAAGAUUUUGCUAAAACUUUCAAUUGCCCAGAAGGAAGUCCAAUGAACCCGAAGAAGAAAUGCAACAUAUGGAAAUAAGAAUAAUGCUCAUAUUGAACGCUGAUACUUUCAAUCUUUUAUAAUGAAUAUUUAUACAAUUUCACAGUACUUCUAAUACAAUUCGCAUCUAUGAAAUAAAAUUACUAUAGCUCUGUA